AUGAAAGAAUCAAUCCUCAGGUAUCACCGUUUGCGCUUGACUUUACGAAAUGGAGAAACAUUUGUAUCGUAUGAAGUCCGAACUCAGAGCGACUUGUCAGUGUUCGAGGAGAAAGAAUUCUUCGUCCGACGAAGGUACAGUGAUUUUGAGAUGCUUCACAACAUCCUGAGCAGAGACUAUAGUGGAUAUGCAAUCCCUCCUGUCCCAAGAAAGCAUACAGUCACUUCGUUUUCUGGUGGAUCUCUUUCACCAAUAUUCAUCGCCAGGCGAAUGCACUCUCUACAAACAUUCCUGGAUCGUUGCAUUGCCCAUCCGGUAAUUAGUACUUCCAUGCACAUGUAUCAAUUUCUUGAAAACGAAUCCUGGAAAUUCUAUUACCAUAAUGCGUGGAUGCAAGCCGGGAAUGCCAACAUCAAACCUCCACAAGGAGUGAAAAGUGAAAGAAAUCUUGAAAAGCCUUUUAUCCUUACUGAUCCAUAUCCAAUUGACGUUCAAGAGAAUGCGAAGCGGAUAUUAGAAAACUGUGAGACAGACCUGCAAAAACUGGCCAAGGCCUGCGCUCAUCAUAUGAGUAGUCUACAGGCGUUUCCAUCAGAAACUACAAUAUCCAAAGAUAUUUAUGCCUUUUAUUUCGAUGACAUUGCCUCAUACUUUGGAAUCCUAAAGAAAAAUAAUGUUCAAUUGUUGAAUGCUUUUCAAGCAAAUAUACUGACUUCAAUUCAAGAUUUGGAGGAUUAUCUAUUAAUUUUUAAAUCUUUAGUGAAACAAAGAGAGCAAAAGCAAAAGACCUUUGAAACGGUCCAAUUCGAAUGCUCUCAUCGUCCUGUGAUGCCUACGUCCGCUCACAAACAACAGCUAAUCCACGAUAAUGCGAACGAUUCGCAAACUUCUUGGACAAAGAUAACAAUUCCUUCGCAAAAUAAAUCUUCUAGCUUAUUUACUAUCCCCAAGUUUCUUCGGAAAAAGAAGUCAAUAUCUACCGAAAUCGAAAAUCCCGUAGAGGCUCUGAAGCUAUGCUAUCAAGAUCUUCAGCAGUUCGAUGAAAAAUUGGACGGCGAAAUGCAAUUCCUUCGUGAAAGGUUAGAUACUGAAACCCGGCGGACUCUACAACUUGUUUGCGACAAUCAUGUGAAUUACUUUACUGCCAUCCUUGAAAGUUUAAAUUCUUAG